UAUAAAAAGGCUCACACGCUGUCUUCUCGCCACAUCUCAAACAUCUCCGCACUCAAAACGUCCCCAGGAUUUACUCUACACUUCAGGAUGGACUUCCAAAUGUUUGGGUUGCUGCUGUUUUUCCUGGCCUGCGUGGAGCAGAGCCUGGCCUCAUGUGUGGUGGACAGGUUCACAGUCAAAGAAGACUUUGAACCCCAAAGAUAUGCAGGAAAAUGGUAUGCCCUGCAGAAGAAGGACCCUGAGGGUUUGUUCCUGCAGGACAACAUAUCUGCUGAAUACACCGUCGGGGAUGACGGAUCCAUGGUGGCCUCCUCCAGAGGCAGGGUCACCCUCUUUGGGUUCUGGGUAGUCUGCGCAGACAUGGCUGCUCAGUACUCUGUACCUGACCCCGGCACACCAGGCAAGAUGUUCAUGAACUACCAGGGACUGGCCAGCUACCUGUCCAGCGGCGGGGACAACUACUGGGUCAUUGACACAGACUACGACAACUACGCCAUCACCUAUGCCUGCCGCACCCUGAGGGAUGACGGAAGCUGCGAGGACGGCUACGCGCUGGUCUUCUCCCGCAACCCCCGCGGCCUUCCUCCAGCCAUCCAGAGGGUGGUCCGGCAGAAGCAGGAGGAAAUCUGUAUGGCCGGGCAGUUCCAGCCCGUGCUGCAGUCCGGAGCGUGUUAAACAGCUGCCGAGCUGACAGCGGCUGAGCAACAACAGCACUUUAUUCAUCUGCACCAAUUUCAUGCUCCAGACGAAAGACACGGCUCUUCACAGGGGAACCGCGAUAC